AAGGAUGCUGAGAAGCAAGCUGAAUGCAUGUCUGUUUGUUUCUGAAAACUUUAGAGGGUAUGCAUCCCCUAAAUCCACACCUACUAAUGACCCAGAAGUUACCAGUAAAACAGUAGAAACAGAAGCCAGUGCUAUGAAUUCCAGACCAGCUAGCAAACCAUGCCGCAUCUCCAGCAGUGAAGCUGCAUCUCUUUCUCUGGCACAGCGAAAGGGACCCCUGCCACCCAUCCCUUCCUAUGCACAAAAAAACAAAUCUGUUUCGGCUCCCAUGGACGAUGACGUGAUUAACAUUCUACUCCCCCCACCAUUUCCAGCCCCCAGACUGAUCAUUGCUUCAGCAGGAGUCAAGAAACGUGCUAGUUUUUCGCCAAGAGGAAAUUAUGCAGCCUGUAGAACCUUGGAUUUUUCAGAUGACAUUUAUGUGGAUUAAGCAUUUCUUUCACUACAAUGGAGCUCCAUCAUCCAAU